UCGGCUUGCGAUUCGACGACGCUGCGCCUGGUAGGUACCUAGGCAAUGUUUGUGAGCGACAAAAGGGGAGAUUAGUCAUGUGCUAAGGGAUGAUGGGCGUCGGGGCUUGGCGGGUGGACCGCGACCGCGCGACUGCCCUCACAGACCCCGUGCGAAGUGCUCCCGAGGCCCCUCUCGUUGGCAUGCCGGUGAUACACCGCUUGGUCUGCCCUCAAUCCCCCGCACCUCGCCGUUUGCGAGGCCUCUUCACUCUCCUCGACCCCCUCCCUCAUCACCCGAUCUACAUACUUCAACCCACUCUCCUUGCUUCUCUCCUUCCACCCCAGUCAUACAAACCCAAUCUCAACCCCGAAACUCCAGCUUCAACAUGAAGCUCAACUUCCUCGCCGUGCUCGCGGCCUUGCCGGUCGCGCUUGCUGCCAUUGCUUUCCCAGUCGACGACCCAGCACAAGGUAAGGACUUCACCACCGAGCGCAAGUGCGCGAGCGGUGAGCGGCGCUGCCACCGCUGGGCCGUCGAGAUGUGCUUAGGCGGGAGUUGGAAGAGGCUGCAAACUUGCCCGUGGCCGAUGACCUGCGAGUACCGAACGCCUCGCCGUGGAGGCGCCGCGCAGCCGACGUGUAUAGGCACGCUGCAUGCCCUAGGAGACGUUGACGCCGACACGGAUGCGUCGGAUCAUGAUCUUCUUGUGGUCGCAGCUAACUCUCCUGUGCCAGACCUCGAGACGCGCCAGUCCUUCUCGCCGCCCUCGCCUUGCCAUUAUGGCGACAUGGCUUGCAGCAAGGACCUCUACUCGGUCAUGGUGUGCGACAAAAACGAUAAGUGGCAGGUCCAACUCAAGUGUCCGAAGCCUGGGUGCUGUGCCACGUAUCCCAAUGGGAUGCCAUACUGCGAGUGUGGGCCGGGCAUGCCGCCGCCGGGCGCCGAGCAUGCUGCCGAGGUCGAGAAGCGUGAGGAUUCUUCUGACCAGGUGUGUCCGCAUAGCUGCUACAUGGACUGGUGGGGCUGCAAAGGUUCACCCGCCCAUUGCAAGAACCCGUGCGGGCGCCUUGAGUGCUCGCACACGUGCCACUUCUGUCCUCAUGGCCGCCACUUGCCCGAGCGAGAAGAAGAAGAAGUUGUCCCCAUGGAGCCCCAGCUUGAGGCGCUGUCUGAGCGUGAUGACGCUCGCAUUAUCCCGCCCCCGCCCAACAAUUGCCCCCGCUGCCAGGAGAGGGUCCAAAACUGCAUUCUCGUUAGUUCUCCCCCUUCCAAGCGCAAAGCCGUACCAACUCGACUCACACAUACAGUUGGGGAACCCGAAAUACUACUGCGCGACGAUCUGCCGCAUCAACACUGAAGUAAGUUCCCUCAUCUCCCACUCACUCCAAGUUCUAAAAUAACUCAAAUGCUCGCAGUGCUCCCGAUGCGAUUACUGCAAGAGCGCCG